UUGAUUUGCCGAGACCCAGAUUCGGCGUCGAGGCGGUUCCCCGGCGAGCAGCGGGGGACCGGACUCCAUCUGGCGGCCAAGUUCGGACACAUGGAGGUCGGCCACGAGCUGAUGCGGGCAAUGAGAGAAGAGGACCUCGAAAUGAAAGACGGAGACGGCUGCACGGCGCUUCACAUUGCGGUGGCCGGCGGCCACCGCCGGAUGGUGCGAGAGAUGGUGUACAGAAACAAGAACAUGGCCGCCAUUUUCAGCGGUAAAAUAAGUCAACAGGAAGCGGUCCUGUCGGUGGAAGAGGCUUCACGGAAGGGCGAUUCCGACCUGGUCAAGUUGCUGUACAUCGCCACUCCGCUGAGGUUGCUGUUCGACGAGAACGGCGGCAAGCACGGUGCCGGCGUGCUGAAGUUUGGCAUCCACCGUGGAAUGUUGGGGUAA